ACUGUGUCUGCCGCCACCAUGUGUUACUGAAUGUUGAUGUCGGUGCUCGUUGGAGAACAGAGAAUGUGGAGUCAUCACAUUUCAAUACUAAUAAAGAUAUUGACCGUUUGAUCCGUGAAACAGAGACGAUGGUGACCCAGGAUCUGGAGGGUGGCGACCGCCAAAGAGCAAUGAAAAGGUUGAGGGUGCCACCUCUGGGAGAACAGCAGAGCCCGUGGACCACGUUUAAAGUUGGGCUCUUUUCAGGCUCCUUUAUCGUGCUUCUCAUUGCAGUUGUGCUGUCAGGCAUCUUUCAUCGCUCUCGAGAUGAUUGGAGGAUUGUGUUUCGUCUAUACAGAGGUCCACUGCUCAUUAUUGAGUUUCUAUUCCUGAUGGGUAUCAAUGUAUAUGGAUGGCGAUCAUCUGGCGUGAAUCAUGUGCUCAUAUUUGAGCUGGAUCCUCGUAAUCACCUCUCAGAGCAACACAUUAUGGAACUAGCUGCAAUAUUUGGAGUCGUGUGGGCUCUGAGUGUUCUCAGCUUCUUGUACAGUGCUUCUCUAAGCAUUCCACCUUACGUCAAUCCAUUAGCUCUCAUUACUAUCAUGGCUGUGUUCAUCCUCAAUCCGACCAAGACUUUCCGACAUGAAGCCAGAUUUUGGGCAUUGAAGGUCCUGGGUCGGAUAAUUUUAGCUCCACUAUUCUAUGUCAAUUUUGCUGACUUCUGGCUGGCUGAUCAGUUGAAUAGUUUAGUAGUAGUUUUUGUUGAUUUUCAGUAUUUUAUUUGUUUCUACCUGACAAAUGACAACUGGAUGGCAGCAGAUGAUAUAAAUGUUUGUGUUGAUUAUACUCAAAUAAUACGUCCAUUGGUUGGCUGUCUGCCAGCAUGGUGGAGAUUUGCACAGUGUCUGCGACGUUACAGAGACACAAAGGAAGCUUUUCCUCAUCUUGUGAAUGCUGGAAAGUAUGCCACUUCUUUCCUUGUUAUGCUGUUCAGCACAAUGAAUGUGAUAUAUACAGAUGCAUAUCGAGUAACGACAGAAAACCCGUAUUUCUAUUUGUGGGUGAUGGCAUCAAUACUGAGCUCCUGUUAUGCUUACACAUGGGACAUCAAGAUGGAUUGGGGCUUGUUCGAUAAGAAAGCAGGAGACAACAAAUAUUUGCGAGAGGAAGUAGUCUAUUCAUCAACUGGUUACUAUUACUUUGCGAUUGUGGAGGAUUUCAUCUUACGGUUUGGUUGGGCACUGAACUUAUCUCUCACUACGAUGGGUUAUGUUCAUAGUGAUAUUAUGAUUUCCAUUCUCUCACCAUUAGAAGUAUUCAGACGUUUUGUAUGGAACUUCUUUCGCCUUGAGAAUGAACAUCUCAACAACUGUGGUAAGUUUCGAGCAGUGAGAGACAUCUCGGUAGCUCCCAUGGAUACAUCUGAUCAGAACCAGAUUAUCCGAAUGAUGGACGAUGAAGAUGGUGUUAUCAACAGGCGCAAGAAGAAACAAGGUCCUGCCAAAAAGAAGGAGGAUCAUCGUCUUCUAUUAGAGGGGGAGUCAACAGAUGAUCCUGAUAGUUAGGCUGCCACUGUUGUUCACAGAUGUUUUUCUGAGAUUGAGUUGCAAAACAGUGGUACUUUUGUGGUUUUAAGUGAUACAGAUUUCAGAUUGUGAUUAUCUGGGCUGUGAAGAGGUUAGUCUUGAAGGUGGACCCAACAGUUGACAGGAACAGGCUGUGUUGUUCUUCAAGACCAAUCCUGAUGAUGGCCCUAAUCCAGAAGUCCACAGUCUGAACCCCCAUGAAAACGCGAAAAGUUAUAUUAGUUCAUUUCUGAUCAGAGAUAAUAUGUACUUAAAUUUUUGUUGCCAUGUUGUUGAUCUGGCUGUCAGACUGGAAUCUUCAUUGUUACUUCCAAAGAAAUGUUUGGAGUGGUAAUUUUGCUGGAAGACUUCAUAGGUGUGUUCUUAGAAUAUUUUCUUCAAAUAAGUUUUAUUUGAGAUUGUUCAUAGUCACUGCUGGGAGAAUCAUCAAACUGCAGGGUGUUAGAGCCUAGAAUAUAGUAAUAUUCAUGCUUCGUAUAGAGGCAUCUCAGAUUUUGCGUUUUUCGUACUCACCCUUGCUCUGCCAUACCAGAUUGUACAUCAAAGCAGAGAAAGAUAAAUGACACAGUGAAAGUCAGCUAAGACAAAACAGCUUAAAAACGUUUCCCUGUGUAAGAUAUUAAAAUCAUUUUAUAAAAAUAAACUUUCCUGUAUGCUUUUUGUACAUUUUGCCUUUUAAAUAAGUUCCACUGUGGAAAGGAUUUCCCAUGUGAAUAUCAUGCAUCUAGCUUUUUACCCAUUUAAUAUUUUUAAUAUAAAAAUAUGUAGAGUAUAAUUUAAUUCCCACAUUUGUCUUCCACCUUUUCAUCCUAUUAUUUUCUUUAUAUAGGGUGUCCCACGAGUUUGGUGCCAUACUUCAGGAGCGUAUGAAUUAAUUCCCACAUUUGUCUUCUACCUUUUCAUCCUAUUAUUUUCUUUAUAUAGGGUGUCCCACAAGUUUGGUGCCAUACUUCAGGAGCGUACUCAGGGUUCCCUAU